UGUCUGACGCUGCGCGGGGGGCGCACGGAGACCACCGGGAUUAAGGAUCCACCCUCCCAUCCACCCUCCCACCCACCCAGCCAGGCAGGGCGGCCGCCGCUCCCAGCGCUCCCCCGCCGCUCCAUGCCGGGCUCCGAGCGGAGCUGGGGUCUCGCCGGGAAGGGCUGGCAUGUCCCAGCGGCGUGAGGCGGGCAGCUGGCCCCCUCCGGCGAGGGUGCCCGUGCCCAGCGGGCCCAGCCGGGCCCCUUCCCGCUGGCCGGAGGGUUGGGAAGGUGCCGGAGAGCCGGCGCUGGGCUCGGCUGGGCAGGGGCGGCGAGGGAGCGGGGAUGGAGCUGCCGCGGCUCUGAGCGGAGCCUCGGAGGGGGAGAGGGAGCGGCUGCCUUCGGCUGGAGCGUGGCACGACUGAGCUGCACCUCGGGCUGCUCCCGGAAUCCCGGGGAGUCUUGGGCUGCUCCCGGAAUCUUGGGUUUCUCCGGGAAUCUUGGGUUUCUCCGGGAAUCUCGGCUGCUGCCGCCUGCGAGGACCUGCGGAGGGUCAGAGGCUGCCGGAGCUGUCCCGCAGGAGCCGCUGGACAGCGGAGGGAGCUCCGCGUUCCCGGAGCGAGGUCGGCGCGGAUGUGAGAGGAUAUCCCGGAGGAUACGGAUAUUCCCGAGCCUGGGAGGGCUCCUGUCCCAGCGCUGCCGCCGGGAACGCGUCGCCGCCGUGACAUUCCCACCGUUCCCACCCCAGCAGCGGCUCGUCCUUGUCCUGGUGGGCUCGGCCGCGGAUUCAGAGCUUUCGGCGCCGGGAUUUGCGUUUGCUUUCUGCGGGCAGGUGUGGAUUGACACCCUCCGGGCUGGACCAAGGGCUCGCUGAGCCCUCCGGAGCGGGCUGGGAGCUGUCCCCGCGGCUGCGCCACUGCCAUGGCAGCGCCGGGCACAAACUCCUGAAGGUGCCCUCAGCCCGGCUGCGAGCCGAGAUGGGAACCUCUGGGACAACUUAGGCUGCCGAAAACCAGCGGGGAGGGGGGGAAAGGGAUCCAUGCGAGCCUCGUGGCGACCCUUCUGGGCUGGCUGGCCGGCGGGCGGGCUGUGACACCGAGCAUGACAGCGUGCCAGUACCCCAUGGCGCCGGGAGCCCUGGAGCGGGACCGGCUGUACCAGCACAAGGUGUCCCUGGUCGUGCGCUACUUCAUGAUCCCCUGCAACAUCUGCCUCAUCCUGCUGGCCACCUCCACGCUGGGAUUCGCCGUGCUGCUCUUCCUCAAUAACUACAAACCCAACAGUUACUUCACGCAGACGCCGCCGCCGCCGAGGGAUGGCUGCCGGGGGAUGCUGUGCGGCUUCGGGGCCGUGUGCGAGCGCAGCCCCUCGGAGCCGGGCCAGGCCUCGUGCGUGUGCAGGAAGGGUCCCUGUGCCCCGGUGGUGGCCCCGGUGUGCGGCUCCGACCACUCCACCUACAGCAACGAGUGCGAGCUGGACAGGGCCCAGUGCAACCAGCAGAGGAGGAUCAAGGUGGUCAGCAAGGGAGCCUGCGGCUCCAAGGACCCCUGUGCAGAGGUGACCUGCAGCUUCGGCAGCACGUGUGUCCCCUCCCCCGAUGGCCAGGUGGCCAAGUGCGUGUGUCCCUCGUCGUGCAGCGGCGUCCCCGAGAGCCCCGUGUGCGGCAGCGACGGCCGCGACUACCGCAGCCAGUGCCACCUCAACAAGCACGCCUGUGACAAGCAGGAGAACGUCUUCAAGAAGUUCGAUGGCCCCUGUGACCCCUGCAAGAGCGUCCUCUCCGACCCGAACCGCGUGUGCCGGGUGAACCCCCGGACGCGGCAGGCGGAGCUGCUGGCCCGGCCCGAGAGCUGCCCCCCGAGGAGGGACCCCGUGUGCGGCGACGACGGCGUCACCUACGACAACGAGUGCGUGAUGGGGCGCUCGGGGGCCGUGCGGGGGCUGGACCUCCAGAAGGUGCGCUCAGGGCAGUGCCAGCAGCAGGACAAAUGCAAGGACGAGUGCAAGUUCAACGCCGUGUGCCUGAACCGGCGCGGCGCCGCGCGCUGCUCCUGCGACCGCCUCACCUGCGACGGCGCCUUCCGGCCCCUGUGCGGCCGCGACAGCCGCACCUACGGCAGCGACUGCGAGCGCCGCCGGGCCGAGUGCCAGCAGCAGGCUGCCAUCCCCGUCAAGCACAGCGGGCCCUGCGACCUGGGCACACCCAGCCCCUGCCUGGGCGUGGAGUGCUCCUUCGGGGCCACGUGCGUGGUGAAGAACCAGGAGGCCGUGUGCGAGUGCCAGCAGCAGUGCCAGGGCCGCUACGACCCCGUGUGCGGCACCGACCAGCGCACCUACGGCAACCCCUGCGAGCUGGACGCCAUGGCCUGCGUGCUCCAGAGGGACAUCAGGGUCAAACACAAGGGGCCCUGUGAGCGCUGCGGCAAAUGCCAGUUCGGGGCCAUCUGCGAGGCGGAGACGGGGCGCUGCGUGUGCCCCACCGAGUGCGUCCCCUCGUCGCAGCCCGUCUGCGGCACCGACGGCAACACCUACGGCAGCGAGUGCGAGCUGCACGUCCGAGCCUGCACCCAGCAGAAAAACAUCUUGGUGGCCGCCCAGGGGGACUGCAAGUCGUGUGGCAGCUCCGUGUGCUCCUUCGGCAGCCGCUGUGUGGGCGGGCAGUGCCUGUGCCCACGCUGCGAGCGCCAGCCCCCGGCCCCGGUGUGCGGCACCGACGGCGUCACCUACGACAGCCCCUGCCAGCUGCAGGUGGCCUCGUGCCAGCUGCAGAAGAGCAUCGAGGUGGCCAGGAUGGGACCCUGUGAGGACGAGUGUGGCUCGGGGGGCUCUGGCUCGGGGGAUGGCAGCGAGUGCGAGCAGGAGCGGUGCCGGCAGUUCGGGGGCUGGUGGGACGAGGACGCCGAGGACGAGCCCUGCGUGUGCGACUUCACGUGCCUGGCCGUGCCCCGCAGCCCGGUGUGUGGCUCUGACGGUGCCACCUACGCCAACGAGUGCGAGCUGAAGAAGACGCGAUGCGAGAAACGCCAGGAGCUCUUUGUCACCAGCCAGGGAGCCUGUCGGGCCCUGGCCACCACCCCGCCGCCUCUGCUGGUGCCACACUGCAGCCAGACCGUCUACGGCUGCUGCCCGGACAACGUCACCCUGGCGCUGGGUGUGGGAGCGGCCGGAUGCCCCAGCACGUGCCAGUGCAACCCCUACGGCUCCUACGGCGGCUCCUGUGACCCGGGCACGGGCCAGUGCUCCUGCAAACCCGGCGUGGGCGGCCUCAAGUGCGACCGCUGCGAGCCCGGCUUCUGGAACUUCCGCGGCAUCGUCACCGACGGCCGGAGCGGCUGCACCCCCUGUAACUGUGACCCCGUGGGCUCGGUGCGGGAUGACUGCGAGCAGAUGACGGGGCUGUGCUCCUGCAGGACGGGCAUCAUGGGCAUGAAGUGCAACCAGUGCCCCAACGGCAGCAAACUGGGCACUGCUGGCUGUGAGAAAGACCCCUCAGCCCCUACAUCCUGCGAGGAGAUGCGCUGCGAGUUCGGGGCCUCGUGCGUGGAGGUGAACGGCUUCGCCCACUGCGAGUGCCCGUCCCCACUGUGCUCCGAAGCCAACACGACCAAGGUGUGUGGCUCCGACGGUGUCACCUACGGGGACCAGUGCCAGCUGCUGACCAUCGCCUGCAGGCAGGGCCAGCACAUCACAGUCAAGCACGUGGGGCAGUGCCACGAGUCCAUCCCCCACACGAGCCCCCCCGUGCCCCCCACGCCGCUGCCCACGCUGCCCCCGGACCGGCUCCUGCUGCCUGCACCCCCUCAGGCCACCACGCGGGCCCCGGAGCCCACAGGGGUGGCCACCAGCUCCGUGCCACUGGAAGCCAAGCCCACGGAGCGAAGCCACCCCACGACGAGGCGCGUGACAACAGCCAGGCCGGCCACCACGCCCUGGGUCACCCACGGGGUGCACAAGGCCACCAUUCGCCCGCUGGCCACCGCGCCCGUGGUGGUGGCCACCAGCCAGCCGGGCUACGGCGAGUCCGGCAGCGCUGAGGGCAGCGGGGACCAGGACAUGGGGACCAGCGGUGACCAGGAGUCCAGCGGGGCGGGCUCUGCCGGGGAGGAGGAGCUGGAGGAGGGCCAGGUGACAUCCGUGCCUGCCAUCGAGAGGGCCACGUGCUACAACACCGCCCUGGGCUGCUGCUCCGACGGCAAAACCGCGGCUGCCGACGCAGAGGGGAGCAACUGCCCCGCCACCAAGGUGUUCCAAGGAGUGCUGAUCCUGGAGGAGGUGGAGGGCCAGGAGCUGUUCUACACCCCGGAGAUGGCCGACCCCAAGUCGGAGCUCUUCGGGGAGACGGCGCGGAGCAUCGAGGGCGCGCUGGAUGAGCUUUUCCGUGGCUCUGAAGUGAGGAAAGAUUUCAAGAGCAUCCGAGUGCGGGACCUGGGGCAGAGCAGCGCUGUCAGGGUCAUCGUGGAGGCCCACUUUGACCCAGCCACGUCCUACACGGCCGCUGAUAUCCAGGGGGCCCUGCUGAAGCAGAUCCGAGCUUCCAAGAAAAAAACCAUCCUGGUGAAGAAGCCCCAGCAGGAGCACAUCAAAUUCAUGGAUUUUGACUGGAUCCCCCGGCUCUUCACCACCACCGUCACCACCACCACAGCCACCACCAUGGCCCCGGCCACCACCAUGGCCCCGGCCACCACGGCCCUCGGCCACCGCCCGGAGCCCGUGGGCAGAGCCGGCCCCAAGGCUGUGGGCGUGCUGAGCACCAGGAGGCCCAGCUCCACCAGCCCUGGCAGCGGCAGGAGGAAGCCCACCCGGCAGCCCCCUGGCACCACCAGGAGACCCCCCCGGCCCUGCGAGUCCCACCCCUGCCUGCACGGUGGCACCUGCGAGGACGACGGCCAGGACUUCACCUGCAGCUGCCCGGCGGGGAAAGGAGGGGCUGUGUGUGAGAAACCCAUCAGGUACUUCAUCCCCAGCUUCGGGGGCAAGUCCUACCUGGCCUUCAAGAUGAUGAAGGCCUACCACACGGUGAGGAUUUCCAUGGAAUUCCGGGCGCUGGAGCCCAGCGGGCUGCUCCUCUACAACGCCCAGAACCACGGCAAGGAUUUCAUCUCGCUGGCGCUCGUGGGCGGCUUCGUGGAGCUCAGGUUUAACACCGGCUCCGGCACCGGCACCGUCACCAGCCGGGUGCGCGUGGAGCCGGGCCGGUGGCACCAGCUGGUGGUGACGCGGAACCGGCGCAGCGGGGCCCUGGCCGUGGAUGGGGAGCCCCACGUGAGCGGGGACAGCCCCCCGGGCACCGACGGCCUCAACCUGGACACCGACCUGUUCAUCGGGGGAGCGCCCGACGACCAGAUGGCACUGGUGGCCGAGCGCACCACGGCCACGGGCGGCCUGCGGGGCUGCAUCCGCGUGCUGGGCAUCAACAACCGCGUGUACGACCUGCGGGACGGCGCCGGCGACGUCCUCUACGGCAGCGCCGUGGGCGAGUGCGGCAACGACCCCUGCGAGCCCAACCCCUGCCACCACGGCGGCAUCUGCCACGCCAAGGAGGCAGAGAUGUUCCAGUGCCAGUGCCGCGACGCCUACACGGGGCCCACGUGCGCCUUCGAGAGGAACCCGUGCGAGCCCUCGCCGUGCCACGUCUCUGCCACCUGCCUGGUGCUGCCCGACAAGGGGGCCCUGUGCGCCUGCCCCAUGGGCCGCGAAGGGGAGUUCUGCGAGCGAGUGACGGAGCAGGACCACUCCAUGCCCUUCCUGCCCGAGUUCAACGGCUUCUCCUACCUGGAGCUGAACGGGCUGCAGAGCUUCGUGCCUGACCUGCAGAACAAGAUGUCCAUGGAAGUGGUGUUCCUGGCCAAGAACCCCAGCGGGAUGAUCUUCUACAACGGCCAGAAGACCGAUGGCAAAGGGGACUUUGUGUCCCUGGCGCUGCACGAGGGGCACCUGGAGUACAGAUAUGACCUGGGCAAAGGGGCAGCCGUGCUCAGGAGCAAGGAGCCAGUGCCCCUCAACACCUGGAUCAGCGUCCUGCUGGAGAGGAGCGGGCGCAAGGGCGUCCUGAGGGUCAACAACGGCGAGAGGGUGAUGGGGGAGUCCCCGAAAUCCCGUAAGAUGCCUCACAUGGUGCUGAACCUGAAGGAGCCAUUUUAUGUGGGGGGAGCCCCGGAUUUCUCCAAGCUGGCUCGAGCAGCCGCCAUCUCCAGCGGCUUCGAGGGAGCUGUGCAGAAGAUCUCAGUCCAGGGGGUGCCCAUGCUGAUGGAGCACAACAUCCGCAGUGCCAUGGAGAUCUCCCCGUUCCGGGGCCACCCCUGCACCCAGAAACCCAACCCCUGCCAGAACGGGGGCUCCUGCAGCCCCAGCAUGGAGGGCUACGAGUGCUCCUGCCAGAGGGGCUUCUCUGGGGCCCACUGCGAGAAGGUGAUCAUUGAGAAGGCAGCGGGGGAUGCCGAGGCCGUGGCCUUCGACGGCAGGACGUACCUGGAGUACCACAACGCCGUCACCAAGAGUGAGAAGGCUCUGCAGUCCAACCACUUCGAGCUCAGCAUCAAAACCGAGGCCACGCAGGGGCUGCUCCUGUGGAGCGGGAAGGGGCUGGAAAAGUCGGAUUACAUCGCCCUGGCCAUCGUGGAUGGCUUCGUGCAGCUGAGCUACGACCUCGGCUCCAAACCCGUCACCCUGCGCUCCACAGUCCCCGUCAACACCAACCAGUGGAUCCACAUCAAAGCCUCCAGGGUCCAGAGGGAAGGCUCCCUCCAGGUUGGGAAUGAAGCUCCCAUCGCCGGCUCCUCCCCUCUUGGGGCCACCCAGCUGGACACGGACGGGGCCCUGUGGCUGGGGGGGCUGGACAAGCCGAGCGUGCCCCACAGGCUGCCCAAGGCCUUCAGCACCGGCUUCAUCGGCUGCAUCCGGGACGUGCUCGUGGAUCGCCGGGAGCUGCACCUGCUGGAGGACGCCCUGAACCAGCCCCGGAUAUUGCACUGCUCGGCCAAAUAGAGCCCAGGGACCUCCCUCCCUCCCCCUCCCUCCUGCCUAUUGCUGUAAUUAUUUUCUAUUUUUGUAAACUUAUUGCUUUUUAUAUUUUUGGGGGGGGGACAGGGAGGGCAGGAAACCCCUUUUUUCUUUCGGGUUCUUUGGGUUGCAGCCCGUGCGGGGCGGUGAGGCUCGGCCCGAACUGCAGCGACACAGAACAAACCUCGAGGCUCCGAGAAGCGACAGAAGAACUCUCCCACUGCAGCGAAAAUCUUCUUCAUACUUGAAGCUUCUUUUUUGGGGGGGUUUCCCCCCUUUUUCCUGGUGUUUUUGGGGCGUUGUUCGUGCCCCUGUGGGGGAAACGCUGCUGGGUGCUGGCGAGGCCUUCACGGAUUCACUGCCUGGCCCCGACCCCUCCCGUGUGGGGAAUUCCCGCCCUGCUCCGGGGUCUGGCUCUUCCAAACCUUCUCCUGGCGCUGUGUUCACCCGAUUUCCUCCUGCCCCCCGUUCCUCUCACUGUAAUUUAUGUGUGUAAGGAUCUCAAGUGCUUUUCUCCUUCGAGCUCUGCUCACAUCAGGGAUGCCACGCACUGGAAGGGAGAGAGCCGGGCCUGCUCCGGCCAGGCGGCCAAAGCUUCGCUCUGCGCUUGUCUCGUGACUCUUUGCUGGACUGAGAGGUGCCGGGAGGGGGAAAAAUGUGGAUUUUUCCAGCGGUUCUCCUCCUCCUCUUCCUCUUGGACACGUGCAGGAGCAGCUGGGAAACCUCAUUCCCACACUUUGUGUUCAUCCGGACGUGUCCCGACCCUCCCCGGCUGCUCUUCCCGAGGCCUCCAAGCCUCGGCCUCCCUCAUGCUGGGGAUCACUUGGAGUUCCUCUCCCCGAGCUGGGAAUGCUCUGCCUCUUCCAAAGGGGCUGGGAGGAUCCCUUUUCCCUUUUCAGACACCUCUUGGAUGUGUCCUUCCAUGACCCACAGCAUUUUCCAGCCUCUGGCUCCCAGCCUGGGAAUGCAGAGCUGCCAUCGGAGCCUCUCCCACAAAGAGAAUUUGGAAUUUUUACCUUGGACUUGGAGUUUUUGGGUCUUCCACGCUCCUCUGGAUGCUGCCAGCCCAGCAGGAAUGGCUCCAACAGGGAUGGGAACAGGGCUGGAGAGUGUUUGGGGGGAUUUUUAAGCAUUUUCUUCCUGGAAAGGAAAAUUUUGAGGCCAGUUUUGAAGUUUCUGGGGUGGGAUUGGGAGUGGCAGCACCUCUGCCUGGAGCCUCCGGAUCUCCUGGAAGCUGGAGAAGAACAGAUGGAUCAAAGCUCUGGAAGAAAUGAUCCCAUCCUCCACUGGGAUUCCUUCUCCAUGGGAAGGAUUUCCUGGUGUUUUGGGGCCUCUCUGUCCCCUUCCCACCCUCAGCUGGCAGCUGGGAUUGCUCCGUGGAAAAACAACUUUAGGGAAUUCAUUUGCAGGAUCCCACCGGGUUUUGGGUGGUAAUUCCCACCCAAGGUGCCAGAAUUGGGCACUUUUCCCCUAAAUUUCUACCAAAAAUGGGGGUUUUGGCACCAACUUUUGAGCCAGGAAAAGUGAAAUUUCUUUUCUCAGGGUGAGCUCUGAACAAAGAUGGAACCAAGAGGAAAAAACCUAUGGAAAAACCACUUGGAUCUGCUUUUAUUUUGUUUAAUUUGAUUUAAAAAAAAAAUAGAAUUCCCAACCUGUGACAUUCCUGUGGAAAAUCCAGGGGUUAAAUAUUCCCAGGGGGGGCUCUGCUGUGGCUGGGGGGGUCCUGGGGGGUGCCAAAAUCCCCAUUUUUGGUGGCUGCUGGCUCCAAAUUGGGAUUCCUGGUGGGAAAUGCUGGGCUUUGAUCCCAAGAGGAUGGGGUGGGAUGGGAGGGAGGGAGCUGGGAGCUCCCAAUCCAUGUUUUGGGAAUGAGAUUCCCAGCUGGGCUCAGCCAGGGCUGGAUGUGCCAGCUCCAGAGGGACGGGGAAGCUGCUGAUUUUCGGGAAUGCCGCUGAAAUGAAGCCAAGAAACGACAAAAAACCCAACACAAAGCCCACAACCGAACAAAAAUAAAUACAAAAACUCCGUCUGCUUUCGCUGGGGCUUGGAAAUGCCUUAAACCAGGAAUUUUGUGUCCUCGUGGGGGAGCAGCCGGAAUUUUCAGCAGCGCCCUUAGGGCCGUGGGCUUUUUUUUUUUUCCAUAACAUUAUAUCCAAAAACAAAACCACAAAAAGAAAAAAAAAAAAAAAGGAUAUUGAGGUCGUGGGGGUUUUUUUCCACAUUUUUUUCGGGGGGGGGACUUUUUUCUUUAAUUUAACACCCCCGAGAUGUCCGUGUGGCUUCAGGAAUUCCUGACUUUGGGAGCUGCUGGCUGAAUUCCGAAGGGCGAUGCACGGUAGAGGAGCAGCAUGAUGUAACCAUUACUAACUCGUGUCUUUCGUCGAAUCACCCAGAAAUAAAGUUUGGAAACGAUUAAA